UCACAUGUGACAGCUAUUGUUAAAUGCCAAAAUACAUGCUCAUUGAAGGCCACUGUCAUUACGUUAUAUUCGACGGCGAUUAAAAUAUCAGAAAUAAUGCGCCGCCUCGGUGCAGUGCAGCAGAAGAUGCCGUGUGUGUUUCUGACGGAGGUGAGAGAGGAACCAUCGAGGAAACGCGAAAGUCAGCAGUUCCAGGUUGUCGCGACAGAGCGCGUGAACCCGCGGGCGCUGCAAUCAAACAUCCCCUGCGCCCUCGCGACAGAAAAGCUGGACGGCACGUGCUGCUACGUGUCCCUGUACAAAGGGGAGCCAUACCUCUGGGCCCGGUUAGACAGGAAGCCUAGCAAGCAGGCUGACAGGAGAUUUAAGCAGUCGCGGAAGAACCGUGAAGAAUUCACUUGGAAUGUGGAGGAGGACUUCAGGAAUGUCCCAGAAUCCUGGAUUCCAGCACACGGGGUCCAGCACUGUAAUGGACGGCCCGUUCCUGAUGAAAACGGACACAUUCCAGGCUGGGUCCCGGUGGAGAGAAACAGUAAGCAGUACUGCUGGCACGCCUCGGUGGUGAGUUACGACACCGGGACAGCGCUGGUGCUGAGGCCCGGCUCAGAGGACGGCGAGCUGCUGGAGGUCGCCGCCGUUCCCCUCUCAGAACUGCUGGAGCAAACGCUGGAGCUGAUCGGCACCAACGUCAACGCAAACCCGUACGGAAUGGGCAGCAAAAAGCAGCCCAUCCACCUGCUGGUGUCGCACGGAACCCUCCGCAUCAGGAACGCGCCCGCGGUCAACUACCAGCAGCUGCUAGCCUGGUUCCAGGAGUGCGAGGAGGGCAGAGUGGAGGGCAUCGUCUGGCACUGCAACGACGGCACACUGGUGAAGCUCCAUCGUCACCACCUGGGCUUGAAGUGGCCGGAUGGAGACACGUUCCUGAACAGGAGGCCUGUGGUCAUCCGCGUUCCCUGGGAGAGUUACGCGCUGGACAGGGGGGCACAGGACUUGUUUGCUGCUUUCUCAAGCUUAAAUGGGCGGCGUUUCGACAGUGUUCAGGAUAUUCGCUUUUAGGCAUGAGCAGAAACACUAAGGACUGGAAACUGAAGGCAUUCCUGCACACCCAGCACCCAUAACCCUGUUUACAUGGACUUUAGUUAGAUUCCCAACACUAGCAUGAAAUGGCGCACUUCAUUGGUGGUUGCUGAAUAAUGGAGUUCGCCGGUUUUAUGUACAUAUAUGAGGGCUUUGGAAUCAACCCCCAAGCGCUUCAUUUUGAUUUGCACAACUUGCAUAAUUUAAAAAAAACAAAUAUUUCUCAAUUUGUAUGUGAUUUUCCUCUGCACUUAACGGUUGCAUUCCUCUGAGCCAAAUAACCAUAAAGAUGAUUUA